AUGCAUAAUGGAUGGACAGGCAUACAACGAAGAAUUUUAUAUGGUUGUGGAGUAUAUUUUCAUGAACAUGCGAGUUACAGCUCUAGCUAUAGUAGAUUAGACAGUUCAGGUGAACGAACAAUGUUCUUAGCUCGUGUUUUGAUUGGUAAAACAUGUAUUGGUUCAUCAUCGAUGAAAGUACCACCAGUAGGAUUUGAUACAACAACAGAUGGUCAACAUAUUUUUGUUGUUUAUCAUGAUGCUAGUGCAUAUGGUGAAUACCUUAUAACAUACAAAUGA